CUUAAAUCUUAUCGGUGUUUCGAUGGUUGUUGAGCGUCCACGUCAUGGGCGAUUCUGCAGCUGGAUCAAGUGCCCCCCUUCGAAUUGCGAUCAUUGGUGCAGGUCCCGCUGGACUAGCCGCUGCCAUUGCACUUGGUCGUCUACCAGAUGUCGAGUUGAAAGUGUUUGAGCAAGCGCGGGUUCUUAAAGAGAUCGGCGCUGGCAUCGGCAUCAAUGAGAACACUUGGAGACUGUUGAAGUGGUACGGAGCAGACAAGAACCUGGACGCGUUCUUCAAGACGCGCGAUGACAGCGUGAUCGAUCUCCAACAUCGCGACGGUACCACGGGCGAACUCCUCAGCGAAAGACUUCAGAAAGACUCUCCAGUCGGCCCGCCGUAUGCUCGAGUGGAGCGUUACAAGCUGCAGAACGCGUUGCUGAAGGAGGUACCAGACGGCCUCAUUCAGCUGAAUAAGAGGCUGGUGGAAAUCCGAGAGAGCGACGCUGGUCUGGCACUCAAAUUUGAGGACGGGACGACGAGCAGUGACAUCGAUUUGCUUGUUGGCGCUGAUGGAAUCCGUUCAGUCGUUCGCCAGCAUGCAUUUCCCAAUCACAAACUGUCAUAUUCUGGGAAGGUCGCGUAUCGCGUCAUCAUCCCCCAGGCGGAUGUCGCUCGUGUACCAGACAUUCCUCCUUGUGCUUGUUUCUGGCAUACACCAACUACGCAUGUGUACACGAAUCCGCUUGACGAAGGCAAGUUUGAGAUUGCAACACGCGCUCUCGAGUCAGAUGAGGAUGCUAGCAAGGCCAGCUGGGGUCAGGACGCAACGCCGGAGCAGGUUGUCAAACAUUACGAUGAAUACAACCCGACGAUCCGUGCCAUAGUUGCAGCACCAAAAUCAUGGCUAUCAUUCGCUCUUUUCGGCGGCCCGCGUCUCGAGUCAGUCAUUCAUAACGGAUGUAUGGCACUGAUCGGGGACGCAGCGCAUCCCUUGUCUGGCGCCUUCGGUGCUGGCGCAGCAUUCGCACUUGAAGACGCAUACAUCCUUAUGACAACGCUCGGAUACGCGCGUUCGCACAACAAGACGCAAACGUGGGCGCUUGAAGUGUUUGACCAGAUUCGCGGACCUCAUUACGAGAAGCUGUUCCACAUAUUGAAUACUUAUGGAAACGUUAAUAAGGAGGUCUUUGCGGCAGAACCACCGUUGAGCGCCAGUGAUCUUGUGCGGACACGCUUGGAAAAGAACAACGCCGCUGCGUCUACAGGCUGGAUUUACAAAUACGAUAUUACCCGUGUCUGGCAAGAGCGAUUGGAAGCGAUCGAAGCUGAAGCAGAGCCCAACGCAAAGGAGAAAGACGCUUCGGUGGGACAGGCUUUAGAUCAGGUCGUCACCGGGGCAGCAAAACUCUCACUCGUUUCCGCCUGA